UCUCAUCCAUUCUCGGUUUCGUUUUCCAAAAUUUAUCAUAUCCUCACGUUCUUGAUCGUGGGUUACAGUUUUGACGACUGUAUACCGAUUCCUCAAACAUGUCCGGUCAUCUCGAUCGUUUCGCAAGGCCCUGUUUUGAAGGUGUUACUAUUAAUGACGAUAGAAAAGAUAGGAAAUCGGAUUUCGAAGUCUCUGAAGAGGACAGGAAGACUAGAAUUGGAAAUCUUAAGAAAAAAGCGAUAAAGGCGUCGAGUAAAUUUAAACGUUCUCUUAAGAAGAAAGGUAGUAGGAGGAAAAGCGGUCUCUCUCUUUCGAUUAAGGAUUUUCGAGACAUCGAGGAGUUGCAGACUGUUGAUGCUUUCCGUCAAGCAUUAAUUGCCGAGCAGUUGCUUCCUGCUAGACAUGACGAUUAUCAUAUGCUACUCAGAUUCUUGAAAGCAAGGAAGUUUGACAUCGAAAAAGCGAAGCACAUGUGGGAUAAUAUGAUCCAAUGGAGGAAAGACUUUGGAACUGAUACUAUUUUGGAGGAUUUUGAGUUCAGUGAGCUGAAUGAGGUGUUGAAGCACUACCCUCAGGGUUAUCAUGGGGUGGAUAAGGAAGGAAGGCCUGUUUACAUUGAAUUGCUAGGAAAAGUUGAACCUGACCAACUCAUGCGAGUCACAACUUUGGAUCGAUAUGUGAGAUACCAUGUGCAGGAAUUUGAAAAGUGUUUUGCAAUUAAGUUUCCGGCUUGCUCCAUUGCUGCAAAGAGACACAUAGAUUCAAGCACAACCAUUUUGGAUGUUCAAGGCAUGGGUUACAAAAAUUUUAGCAAGUCUGCACAAGAUCUUGUGAAGCGGCUGCAGAAGAUUGAUGGUGAUAACUAUCCCGAGACUCUUUACCGAAUGUUCAUCAUAAAUGCUGGUCCAGGUUUUAAAAUGGGUCUGAAAGCUGUUAAAUCUUUUCUCGAUUCUAAAACAGCUAGUAAGAUUAAUGUUCUGGGUAGCAACUACCAGAAUAAGUUGCUUGAAAUUAUUGAUGCAAGUGAGUUGCCCCAAUUUAUUGGGGGUAGUUGCACUUGUGCUGAUCAGGGAGGCUGUAUGAGAUCAGACAAAGGUCCCUGGAAAGACCCCAACAUAUUAAAGAUGAUUGCCAGUGGUGAAACACUAUUUCCUAGACAAAUCGUGACAGUUUCAAACAGCGAAGGAAGGGUAAUUGCCUAUGAUAAGCCAUGUUAUCCUGUGAUGAAGAGUAGUGAUACAUCUGCAGCAGAGUCAGGAUCGGAAGUGGAAGACAUUACUUCGCCUAAGAAAACUAGGAGCUAUUUACACCCAAUUUUGGCUCCUGUUAGCGAAGAGGCAAGAAUGGCUGGCAAAUCGAUCUCUGCUGGUGGUUCGUCUGAGCAUGGCGAAUAUGUUCCCAUAAUCGAUAAGGUUGUAGAUUCUGAAUGUGAGAGACAGGUGUCACGUCAGAGUCCAUACAGUUCUAAAGGAACUCCUCUGCUUCUGGGAAGGCAAACUCCAAAAGGAAUCUAUGGUUAUAUUACUGACCUAGUUGUUGCCCUUUUGACAUUUUUAACUCUUAUCCGAACAAUAGUAUUGAAGCUGAUGAAAAAGCAGAGUACAACCGAGUUAACAUGUAGCACUCCUGAGGAGCAUGUUGAACCAACAUACAAGGAGGAAACUCGUCCCCCCUCACCUGCUCCAGUGUUUACUGAGGCAGACAUCGUGUCAUCUGUGGUAAGAAGGCUGGGUGAUCUCGAAGACAAGGUUGAGAUGUUGCAAUCAAAAAGAUUUGAGAUGCCUCAUGAGAAAGAGGAGUUGUUGAAUGCUGCCGUAUAUCGUGUGGAUGCGCUAGAAGCAGAAUUAAUUGCUACAAAGAAGGCUCUUCAUGAAGCAUUAAUUCGGCAGGAAGAACUCCUUGCAUAUAUAGACAGUCAAGAAGAAACCAAAUCUGGGAAAAAGAAGUUCUUGUGUUGGUGCAAAUGAGAAUGAAGAUUUAUUUGCCGAUAAGACUUUGACCAAGCGUUCAGGAGUGAUAUUUUGUAUUGGGCAAACGGAAACUGAUUGUAAAUAGAAAAGUACCAUACAGUUGCGGUGGGCUCGCUGCACUGCAGUGGUGACUGGUUAUUGUUUGCUUUUUUUGGUCUUUACAUUCUCAAUGUAAAAAUAGAGGGAAAAUGUUUUGUUUUGUGUGCCACCGUUUCUUAUGGUAUAUUUAUCAUAUCUGCUACCUCUUA